AUGAAUUAUCAAACUAACUGUACCGCUACAAAUUCAAAUGCCAUGAAUAAUUCCAAUAGUUUAAAUAAAAUAGAUGAAAAUGUAAUAUUUGAUGAAGCUUGGAAAAAAAGAGUAUUAGAGCCACUAAAAGAUCGAAGAUAUAAAACAGAAGAUGUAACAAAAACAAAAGGAAAUGAAUUUGAGGAUUACUUUUUAAAAAGAGAACUUUUAAUGGGAAUAUUUGAAAAGGGUUAUGAAAAACCAUCACCUAUACAAGAAGAAAGUAUUCCCGUUGCUUUGGCUGGUAAGAAUAUUUUAGCCAGAGCAAAAAACGGAACAGGGAAAACAGCAGCUUUUGCUAUUCCUUUAUUAGAAAAAUGCAAUACGCAUAAAAAUUUUAUACAAGGACUUAUACUUGUACCGACAAGGGAAUUAGCAUUGCAGACAUCAGCAAUGAUAAAGGAGUUGGGAAAACAUAUGAAAGUUCAAUGCAUGGUGACAACAGGUGGAACAUCUUUAAGAGAAGAUAUAAUGAGAUUAUAUAAUGUUGUUCAUAUAUUGUGUGGUACUCCUGGUCGUAUAUUAGACUUAGCAAAUAAGGAUGUGGCUAAUUUAUCAGGAUGUCAUAUUAUGGUAAUGGAUGAAGCAGAUAAAUUAUUGUCUCCUGAAUUUCAACCUAUUGUUGAAGAAUUAAUGAAAUUUUUGCCUAAAGAGAAGCAAAUUUUAAUGUAUUCUGCUACCUUUCCAGUUACAGUAAAAGAAUUUAGAGCCAUCUAUUUAUCAGAUGCUCAUGAAAUAAAUUUAAUGGAUGAAUUAACUUUGAAAGGAAUUACUCAAUAUUAUGCUUUUGUUAAAGAAAGACAAAAAGUUCACUGCUUAAAUACCUUAUUUGCAAAAUUGCAAAUUAAUCAAGCCAUUAUUUUUUGUAAUAGUAUAACUAGAGUAGAAUUAUUAGCAAAAAAAAUCACCGAAUUAGGUUACAGCUCUUUUUAUAUCCACGCUAGAAUGUCACAAACACACAGAAAUAGAGUUUUUCAUGAUUUUAGAAAUGGGGCUUGUAGAUGUUUAGUUUCUUCCGAUCUUUUUACUAGAGGUAUUGAUAUACAAUCUGUUAACGUUGUAAUUAAUUUUGAUUUUCCAAAAAAUUCAGAAACAUAUUUACAUAGAAUUGGUAGAUCUGGUAGAUACGGACAUUUAGGAUUGGCUAUUAAUUUAAUUACAUAUGAAGAUCGUUUUAAUUUAUAUAAAAUUGAAAUAGAACUGGGUACAGAAAUACAGCCAAUUCCUAAUGAAAUAGAUCCAUCUUUAUAUACGUAA